CCGUCCAGCCGUGAGAAUGGCCGGAAGGGGCCGUCCAGCAGCUCCAGCCCGCGGCGCUCGCGUCAUGCUGUUCCCGCUGCCGUUCCAGGGCCACAUCAGCCCGAUGCUGCAGCUCGCCGGCGCGCUCCAUGCGCGGGGGCUCGCCGUCACCGUCCUCCACAUGGCGUUCAACGCGCCUGACCCCGCGCGCCACCCGGCUUUCACCUUCGUCGCGGUGCCGGACGCCAUCCCGGAGGCCGUGGCCGCGACCGCCGAUGGCCUCGCCCAGCUCCUCGCCCUGAACGCCGCCAUGGAGGCGUCCGGGCUCGUCCGGGAUGCGCUCGCGUCGCUCCUCGCGGACGAGGGGGAGCCCCGGUUGGCGUGCCUGAUCUUCGAUUCCACCCUCGCCGCUGUGCACAAGGCCGCGGCUGGCCUCGGGCUACCCUCGCUCGUGCUGCACACCAGCAGCGCGGCCUGCUUCCGUAUGGUCGGAUCCUACGACAUGCUCCUCGACAAGGGCUAUCUACCAGCGACAGAGUCCAACCUAGACAUGCCGAUAAAGGAGCUGCCACCACUGCAAGUGAGGGAUCUGUUUGACCCAAGCAAGCUCCCCAGCAAAGAAAUUGGGCAGAAGAUCUUGAAUCUUGCCAUCGAGACCACAACAAACUCCUCCAGUGCAAUAUUCAACACAUUUGAAGCACUUGAACCCGACGAACUUGAGAUGAUCCGGGACCAACUUGUCCACAAUGGCGGUAUUCCAGCCUUCGCUGUUGGUCCGCUUCACAAACUCAUGAGCUCUAAGGGUGAUGGCGCCGAGACUAGCCUACUCAACCAGGACCGCGGUUGCAUCGAGUGGCUGGACACGCAGGCCCCUGGUUCCGUGCUAUAUGCGAGUUUUGGUAGUGUUGUUCAUGUGACUCGAGACGAGAUGGCGGAGAUGGCAUGGGGCUUGGCGAACAGCGGCAAGCCGUUUCUUUGUGGAGAUGGAAGGAACUCCACGUUGGAGAGUAUCUACGAGGGGGUGCCUAUGCUAUCGAGGCCAAUCUUUGGAGAUCAAUUGCCAACCGGAAGGUACGUGCAAGAUACAUGGAAGAUAGGGAUUUUGUUGGAGGGUGUGCUAGAGCGAGAGGAGGUUGAGAAGGACAUCAAAAGGCUGCUAGGUGAAGAUGAGGGAGUUGAGAUCAGGGGAAGAGCAAAGGUUUUGGAGAAGAUGCGGAUGUGCCUUGAGAGUAGUGGGUCUUCUCAACGGGCUGUUGAUAAACUAAUGGAUCACAUACUUUCCCUUUGAGUUUUUUUUACAGAAUUGUUAUGUCUCACCUUGCUUUCAGCUGAAUAAAUUAAUAUAACUACUGGUAUUUUGUC